GUGAGGAGUGGCUGAAAAACAUUGCCCUUUGACAAGUGCUGUGUUGUCUAAUCCGCAGCACGACACCCGACACUGUUGUUAUGAUCACGGGGAAAACGCGUGCUCGUAUCGCACAGCAGCCGCGUCAUCUGCACAGGGUCAUUCCCCUCUCUGCUCUUUGGAUGGCUCUGGCUGUCGACACGUUGCACGCAAGGGACAUAAACAAACCGCACUCCUCGCCAUCCCACACACACAACCAUAAUAAGAGCACGGGAUCGGCCGGCGCUGCCCUUUAACCCCUUCCACGCUAUCACAGCCAAUCACAGACGCCCAUCGGACCGAAAGGGAAGGCGACGACGGGGUUAACCCCAACGACGUCACUAUCCCCGUCUCCGCCCACUCAGGCAGUGGACUCGGGGAAAUAAAGUUACGAAGGGGUGGAGACAGCGAAGGCAAGCUGCGAUUGGCCUGCGCUCUGUCAAGGAGAGCCCGCCCACCCCUCCUUUUCCCUUCUUUGUAGAAGUGGGUGUGGCCGGCUCGUGACGGUGGGUUCCAGUAAGUUGCAGCCUGUUGCCGGGGGGCAGGUCGGACAUUCAACAGGCAGCUGCCGAGCAGUGAGGAGCUGCUGCUGCCGCAGAGUCGUGACGCACAGAGCGCUCGCCGUGACGCAGACUCGUGAGUGACGCAGUCGGCGACGCGCAUGAAGUGAGGGAAAACUUUUUUUUUUUUACAUUUUUAAUUUUUUAUUUUUUUUUAAUUACGGCAAAGUUUUCCUCCUCACUUUGCCGAGUCAUGGCCGAGGCUCCGCAGCCCCCCGUGGUGGAGAUAGACCCGGAUUUCGAGCCUUUAUCCCGGCCCCGCUCUUGCACUUGGCCGCUGCCCCGUCCCGAGUUUAACCCUAGCAAUUCGGCCAACUCGUCCCCGGCUCCUUCCCUGCAGCCCGAGCCGACGGCCGGCAAUGUGGACUUCAUGAGCCUGCUGGAGGAGGGCGAGGACUACGAGCCCGGGGUGUGCGGGGACUUCCAGUGCCAGGACGUGCUCCAGCUGCAGCCGCAUCCCCCUCACACCCCGCAGCCUCAGCACCCCCAGCCCGGAGCGCUGCAUGCACCCUCCAGUGUGCCAGCCCUGUCCCCGGCGUCCUCCCCGUCCCCCAUGGGAGCCCAGCAGCCCCGCAAGAGCAGCUCCUCCCGCCGCAACGCCUGGGGCAACCUGUCCUACGCCGACCUGAUCAGCCAGGCCAUAGAGAGCUCCCCGGAGAAGAGGCUCACCCUGUCCCAGAUAUACGACUGGAUGGUCAAGAGUGUCCCCUACUUCAAGGACAAGGGGGACAGCAACAGCUCCGCCGGAUGGAAGAAUUCAAUUCGGCAUAAUCUGUCCCUCCACAGCAAGUUUGUAAGGGUACAGAAUGAAGGCACUGGUAAAAGUUCAUGGUGGAUCCUAAAUCCAGAAGGUGGAAAGAAUGGUAAAUCCCCAAGAAGAAGAGCUGCUUCUAUGGAUAACAACAGCAAAUUUGCAAAAAGUAGAGGAAGGGCUGCAAAGAAAAAAGCCUCUCUACAGUCCGGCCAAGAAGGCAACAGUGAUAGUCCUGGUUCACAGUUCCCUAAGUGGCCAGGGAGCCCUAGUUCACACAGCAAUGACGACUUUGAAGCGUGGAACACGUUUCGUCCAAGAACCAGCUCCAACGCGAGCUCUAUCAUGCCAGAGGAAGAAGACCUUGGAGAUGCUGAUGUACACAGUCUUGUGUAUCCUUCUUCUUCUACCAAAUUGGCAUCUACUUUGCCAAGUCUGUCAGAGAUUGGUAACUCUGAGAAUAUGGAGAAUCUUUUAGAUAAUCUAAAUCUGUUAUCUCCAAACGCCUCCUUAACCGUUUCAACACAGUCCUCCCCUGCCUCAAUGAUGCAGCAGCAAUCUGGGUAUUUAUUCACCUCACCAGGCACCAAUAUGAGCUCCCCUGAUCCUGAAUUCAGAAAAUAUACAUAUGCUCAAGCUGGCAUAAACUCCAUAUCACAGAUGUCUAUGCAAAGUGUUCCAGACAGUAAACCGGCCUAUAGGGCUGUGGGCCCAUAUAAUGUUCCAGCUGGACUUCUAAAGGAACUGCUUACUGCAGAUUCCCCACCACAUAAUGAAUUGUUGGCCUCAGAGCCUGCAGUCUCUCAAGUCAACGGUAGGGUUCUGAGUCAGAAUGUCAUGAUGACAUCCAAUUCUGCCAUGUCUGCAUAUGGCUCCCAGCCACCCCACAGCAAAAUGAACACCAUUUCCCAUACACAUCAACAUACUCCCUCCAUGAAUGGUCGUGCCUUGCCCCAUGGUGGGAAUAACAUGACUCUUUCUGCUGGUAUCAGCCGCCUAUCAACAGUGAAAACUUCAUUACAAGUGCCUAUGGCUCAGCCCCAUCAAAUGUCCAGCAUGGGUUCUUAUCCUACCAAUAGCUGUAAUGGCUAUGGCAGAGUUGGCAUAGUCUCCAUCCACCAGGAGAUGCUGCCAAGUGACUUGGAUGACAUGUUUGUUGAACGCUUGGACUGUGACAUGGAGUCCAUUAUUCGGAAUGACCUCAUGGAAGAUGGAGAAGCAGAUUUUAACUUUGAUAGCCUAUUAUCAAACCAAAGCUUUCCUCACAGUGUCACAACCACCACACACAGCUGGGUAUCGGGAUAGAGACAGAAAGUUGCACCAUCACCAUAAAGGACAGUGUAAGAAACCUCCAAAGAUGCUCUUCUCUGGCCUAUAUUACAUCAAGCCUGAAGAAAUAUGGAAAUUUCCUAUGCUGCUCCUGGACCUCUAUUUUUAUGAAGUGCCAAACUGACUAAAAAAAAAAAAGAAAUCUCCUGGGGGAAAAAACAACUUGAGUUGUUGUUGCCAUUCGGGUGCUUGUAUGAGCAGUAAAGAAAUGAUGACUUUAUGGUGUCAUGUGUACCCGCUUUGCUCUAGGUGCUUGCUAUGGAUGUGAGAUCAGCUCAGUAAUGGGACUUAAUUCUAAAAUAGUUCUAUUUUCAUGACUGGAAGCUACAGAAGUCCCUAAGGCACUAAAUGAUCUAACAAGAAGCAUAAAGAGCUAUCGCCAGCAAAUUUUUUAAUGCUAUUUGUCUCUUUGGUAACUGCCAAAAUAUGUUUAUCGGCAACAGUCUAAUUUAUUUACAUUCCAAGUGAAUAGGGAUUCUCCCUGUUAUUGGACCAACAUACGCAUAAUCCAGAGUUGGUGCUAGUAUUUUGUUUAAAAAAAACGUAUGUGCCCUACAAAUUCUCAACAAAUUGAGUAAAAAAAAAACUGAUGUUAUCCAGUGCAGAGUCUUUAGUCUGCUGAUUUUAACUGAUGGCGAUUGGAGCUCUGCUAUCGUCACCCAACAAUGACAGAGUUUUCUCAUUUGGAGUUCUUGAUGAAAAAUUGUGAAUGAGUCUAAAAGGUACAGGUAACUGUGACCCAUAGGGGCACAUCUCAGUUCCAACAAAUACUUUAGGCUCCAGACCCUCAAUCCCAUGCAGAGUAACCUGUGCACAAUAUUUAGCUUCACCUUUACAUAUUUCCUAAAGGCUAUAUACCUUAACUUUUUUUUAUUUAUUUUUAUUUUUUUGACCCAAUGCAUCUAAAAUGGAAAAAUAACAUUAAUUGAUCACAUUUACAGAUCUUAUGGAGCCCUGUUUGUCUCCAUGGUAACAAACUACAAAAUAACAUUAUUAUUCCCAUUGGUCUUCAACUUGCUCUUUUUCAUUUGGUAUUUUAGCUAUAAGUAGAGUAUGACUGCAGCAUCAGACUACACAAGGUUUGUUUGUUGUCUGUAACCAUGGAGAAGCCUAGGUCCUCAUAGAUGCAAAAUAGCAUUAUUUUACAUAUUAGAUCCACUGGGAUGAUAAAGAGAGAAUUGUGAAGAUGUGUGUUACCUUUAAUACAAAACUUAGUCGAUCUUUUGGACUCCAACUUGCUCUGUCAUGCUUGUACUUUUGGUUUGUCAACAUACAGUGCCUGUAUUGUAUCUCUCUCUGCCUAAAGUCAAGCACAUCUUGGGACGGCUUUAUGUAGAUCCAGUUCAAGAGUUUAUCCUACAAGCAGUGAUCUAUAGAGACAAUGGAUUAUGUCAGAUCUUGUAUAAAGAGUGUUUUUAAGAUUUGUGUAUAAUUGUUUUAUCUCACUUUUUAAGUAAAUAAUUGUGGAUAAUCAUGGAUGUUUGAUCUUUGCAGCCUUCUAGAGUCCCACAUAGCACAGAAGCAUUCUGUAUUUUAUUGAGUGCUUUCCAACCGCUUUUAUACCUACAGAAUUUGGGUCCUUCUCCCUGCCACUUAGUUUCUUUUUCUUUUUUUUUCUUUUUAUAUAUAAUUAUUAUUUUUUUUUUAAGGAAAAAUGGAGGAUGUUGUGUAAAUAAGAAGUAAAUAUUUCUUCAUUUUGCCAAAAAUAAAAGUGUAAUUAUUUGUAUUGCUUGCUUGGUAGAGAAUCGUGACUUGCUAGCAAUUGAAGGUAUAAAGUCCCUUCUCCGCCAAGCUUCAGUUAUGAUAAAUUAACAUAAUCGAUGGGCCGCACACUGCCCCCUGCAUUUGUUAACCUGCAACCUUUAUGAUCCUGGCCAAAGAAUGUGUAACUUGUAGGCACAGUGGCCGACAUUUAUCAUUGUCUUUAGACAGUUUUUUUGUGUCUAAAAAAAGGCGCAAGCAGGGUUUGUGCCUUUUUGGUUUACACAUUUCUGCUGAUUUUGAGUUGCAAUCCACUGAUUAUGGCAAUACACAUGAUAUGGAAGGGUUUAAUGAACUGCGUCUUUUUGUUUAAAAAAGGCCCAAAGCAAAGUCUCUAAACUACACCAGCUCAAACUUAGCUUAGCUUUUUGGUGUCUGUGAAGAGAGAAAUUUCAGAAAAUGUGACCUGCACAAAAUUUAUCAAAUGCUCUGUGAACAUUUAAUACAUUAGGUGUUCCUACACAUUACCAGCACACACAAGAAGCAGUAGAAAAAUGCUUCACUUACACCUACAGUGAUAAAUGCCGGCCAAUGUUGAUGAAGCAGCGUUUGUCAUCUAUUGGGAUAAUAGGUCUAGUAUACAAUGAGUUUGCUUCUAACUGGGUACUAAAUGACCAAAAGUUGCUUUAUAUCCUGGAGGUCCUGUGUUAUCUUAAUAUAGAUAAAGGAUGCUGUAUAUUUAUAAAGUCUCCAAAAUGAAACCUGAGAAAAAGUAGUUUUGUACUGCCUUACAUAGUAAGCAUGUGACACCUAUACCUGCAGUACAGAAGCGUUAAACGUUUACCCUCAUCUUGCAACUCUGUUUUUCCAUGUCAUUUAGAAAUGGCAUAUUGCAUUAAUGUAUCAUCACUUUGUUUUGGGUCAGAUAUUUAGGAACCCCCCCACUGUUCUUAGAAUACAAAAGGGAUGCAGCACUAAAGCAGUAUUGAGAAUUUCCUCUGCACCAUUUUACUCUGGGCCACCCACAAUGCAGAAAACUACAAAUAGGCAAUAUUCACUUGACUGGGGCUACAUUGCAGUUUUCUGCUCAGUAGGCUGGCUGGGUGCCACUGUGCGGGGGAACAACAGUGAAGGAAAGCAGCACUAAACCAGUGCACCAUUCCUUUUAUUCUCCCAACCAGGAGCCCAGAGUUUGGACCCAACCAAUCAUACAUUGAUGGCAUUUCUUUGUGAUAUCACUCUCUGACUGGAAACUUUAUAUUAUUUGUACAACCUGUCUAGGCUCAUUUAGGAUAUGUUCACACUGAGGAAUCUACGCACUGAAUUCUGUGCACAAGCAUUCCCUGAUCACACCACCUGAAUUACGCGCUGAGGAUACACACAGAAUUCCACUCUGAUUUCAUGUCAACUAGAAGCUGGGUAGAAAGUGGCUGAAUGGCAAACCUAAAUCCUUGUCAGUUCCUCAGUGUGAACAUACCCCUUUAAGACAGCUUCUCCUUAAAUAGCCUCUUAACCUAUAACAUCAUGUGUUACUUUCAAGAUAAAAAUACAUCUUCUUGACCAUGUGAUUAGAGAAGGUCAUGGCUGGCAUCCUUAAGAAGUUUGGGCCUCUCUAUAGACUUUUGUUCUCUAACUUCUGGCUAAUCACUUUUCUUUAGGGUAUAAUUUAAUAAAAUAGUCCUUUUCUUGCAAAAAUAAAUGCGCUUUCAAAACUGGAACUAAUGUUGUCAUAUGCAUCAUGUAGAAAUGUCUACAUAACUAUUCUAACAGUUAUUUAGGUAUAUCUAUACAGAACAUUUCAGGGUAAAACUCCCCUCUCCUGUUUUAUGAUAAACUCGGCAAGUGCCCAUUCUUCAUUAUUUGCAACAACACUAACCUGGAUACUUAGACAUAUGACAAUAAACUCUCUAAAUCGAUUCGAUAACUUCAUGAAAACAACAUGGCCUCUAGCAUAGAAAACCCAUCUUACACCCAAACAUAUAUGGAUUGUAUGGAUUUAUCUAUGCAGCUUUUUUCAGCUCCGCCUCUACAGUUCUAAUGUUGUGUUCCAUUGUCAGUGGAGAUGCAUUGUUUUUUUUUUUUAGUACUAUGUAUAAUGUUUAGUUAGGCAUAUAUCAGUGCAGUUCUUGAUGUGUCGGUAAGCUAAAGUCCUUGCUUUGAUGCAAGCUUGUUAUGUAUGUUAACUUAUGUGGCCACAUAGCGAUCAUGCCUGAAGUUCCUCUUGCUUGUGCAGAUAUUUGUGGCUAUCUCACCAGUAGUUUGUAACUGGACACUUUGUAUAACGUGCAAUAUAUACAGUAAGCAAGCUGUUAAUAUUUUGCACCAGCUCAUGUGGGCUUCAGUGAUGAUACUUGGAUGAUAUGAGAUCGGUGUCUGAGCAGGUUAUACUGCUGAUCUUUGCCUACAAGGAUCUAACUGCUUUAAGACGCAGUUAAAGCCUAACUCAACAUGUAAAAAUGUAUGAUUGGAGUUGAACACAACCCUAUCCACCCACUUCCAUCACUUUUAUAAGGAUCUACAAGGCUAUGUUCAUACGAACAUAAUAUAGACUCCUUUUUGCAUCCAUGAUACAGAACAACAGUGGCCUGAGCUGACUGCUGUCUUUUUGUCAUGAGAUCCAAGGAUGGACGUAAUAUGGAUGCAAAAAAUAAUCUGUAUUCUGCUAGUGUGAAUUUAUCUUAAGAAUAAAUUCACACAUGGUAUUUUAGCCACAACAUCUACAUAUAAGAUGUGAGUGACUAUAAAAUAAGUUUUCAUUUGCAGGGCAGGGCAGAUUAAUCUCCAAGUAAAUCCUGUUCUGGACAAUGUACAAGAGAGAUAAGAUGCAUUGAAGGGCAUGACUGAAUAACUUCCAAUGGUUGUACCAUAUUUCUUACGGGCUAUAGCCAUUUUAUGGGACACACACAAAAGAAGUGUGGCCAGUAUGCCAGCAGUUGUGCCAAAUGUAUUGUAAAGUGAAUAUCACUCCUUUUUGAGUUUAUGCAUAUUUACAAUGCUUUGAUAAUACACAAUGCAAAACUGUGCCGUAUUUUGCUGCAUAUUUGCUGCUGCGUGAUUUCAUACCUGUUGACUUCAAUGGGUAGGAAAAUACGUAGUAGCAAAAUAUGGCACCUAAAGGUGUUUUCGCUAUCCUAAUACCUGCAGGCACUAGUAAAUCACCAAAUAUCCCUAAAAGCGUAAGAUAAGACUGAGCCAAAAUUUACGGGGGGGGGGGGGGAGAAAGUUGACUAGUGACCUAUAUGUUCAUGCACAAUGAAACCUAAACUAAUCCUUUAUUGUCUGCAACACAAAGGAAGAUGGAUCUCGACUUAUUGAAUCUUAGUCUGUAUGUGUAUAGUGGAAAUUGUGCUCAACUCCAGUUAAACUUAUUAAAUUUUUUUAUUUCAAUAUAGAUUUUAUCUAGGCUUUUAAGGGGUUAAUGUGUCCCUUUAAAUGCAGGGGGAGUCUCGAUCGGACCAAUAUAAAAUUCUAUAUUUGCACUUGUUAAACCACUGGAAAGAAAGUUAUCAGUGCGUCAGCUGAUAUUUUAUUCAUAUUUUUAGUUAUAAAAUUGUAAAAUCCCUUUUAAUUUAUGACUGAUUUAUAUUAAUUAUAAGUUGUAUAUUCCUCUGGGGCUACACAGUGGUUCAUGCAAGCAAAACAACUCUGACAUUUGUUUUCCUGGUUUUUUCAUCAUCCAUUCAACAUGAAGUCAAUAAAUCAGCAAUAUGUGUAAUGGUGGCAUGUAAAAAAAAAUGCUUUAUUUUGUUGUAUUGCAGCAUUUUCAUGUGUUUAUUUUUAUUUUCUUAACAAUUCAUGAUUCAAUAUCUGCAGACAAGUGCCUGAUGUAUUUACAGACACAAGAACAAUCUGUUGUAUGAAGCCAUAAAUGUAUAUAAAUUAUGCUACAAAUGACUGUC